AUGAUUAAAACUACUAGUUAUAGAACAAAACAUAGACGAUUGCAAAAAGAAUUGCAAAUUCUAGAAUGGUCGUCUACAAGUGAAAUCCCAGAUAGUUGUUUUGUCAAAGAAACUGUAUUAUCUCCACAAAAUAUUAAUAACGAUUGUAUCAAUAAAUGUAUUUAUACUUCUAUAUGUGGGGCACCUGAACAUAGAAAUAAUAUUAAAAAUACACCUCUCUAUAAAACAUGUGAUAAUAAUUUAAAUCAAGAUAUUUUAAGUAAUGUAAUUUGUACUCAAGGUGAUGCAGAUUCAAAUUCAAUAUUAAUUCCUCUUACAAAAAGUUCAGUAUACAGUGAAAAUAUUAAAAACAAAUUAAAAGCAUGGAUGGUAAAUUUCAAUGUUCCACAUAAUGCCUCUAAUGCAUUAUUAAAAAUCUUGAAAAAUGAUGCCAAUCUUAAUUUUCUUCCUGUUGAUAGCCGUACAUUACUUCAAUCUGGAUCAACCAAAGUUUUUAAUAUUCGAGAAAUAGAGCCGAAUGGCAUAUAUUAUCAUUUUGGGUUAGAAACUGGUAUUGAUAUGUAUUCUAAAAUAUUUUCUUUGGAUGAUAUUAUAAGUAUUGUAAUUGGAAUUGAUGGUCUACCUUUAAGCAAGAGUAGUUCAAGCCAAUUUUGGCCAAUUCUGGCCUAUAUUUUUCCUUAUAAUAAAAAUGUUUUUCCUAUUGGAAUAUACUAUGGCCACGAAAAACCUCUAGAUAGUAACAUAUUUAUCAAAGAUUUUGUUGCAGAAAUGCUUAGGCUAUCAACCCACGGAAUAGUGAUUGAUAAUAUUACUAAAAAAGUAAUUAUAAAAGCAAUUUGCUGUGAUGCGCUGGCCAGAUCGUUUUUGAUGAGAAUUAAGGGACAUUCCGGUUAUUUUUCAUGUUCAAGGUGUGUUAUUGAAGGAGACUAUUUAGAAAAUCGUGUCUGCUUUCCAUUUAUUGAUAACUGUGGAAAAAGAACUCAUUAUGAUUACAUAACUAUGAAAGAUGAAGAACAUCAUACAUCUUCAAUAAUUUGA